GCGGAUUGUUGGGAGCGGCGCGCUGCGGCGGCGGCGGCGGAAAAUGGCUGCUGCGGAGGCGGCGGACACUCAGCUGAUGCUCGGAGUCGGGCUGAUCGAAAAGGACACAAAUGGAGAAGUUCUGUGGGUGUGGUGUUAUCCCUCCACGACAGCUACUUUAAGGAAUUUACUGCUGAGAAAAUGCUGCCUUACAGAUGAAAACAAACUUCUCCAUCCCUUCGUCUUUGGUCAGUACAGAAGAACAUGGUUUUAUAUCACAACAGUUGAAGUUCCAGAUUCUUCAGUUUUGAUAAAGGUGACUCAUUUUUCUAUUGUUCUGACCGCCAAAGAUUUUAAUCCAGAGAAAUAUGCCGCCUUCACUAGGAUAUUGUGUAGAAUGUACCUGAAACAUGGGAGCCCAGUUAAAAUGAUGGAGAGUUAUAUUGCAGUACUCACAAAGGGGAUAUGCCAGAGUGAAGAAAAUGGCUCUUUCCUUAGCAAGGAUUUUGAUGCCCGAAAGGCUUAUCUUGCAGGCUCCAUCAAAGACAUUGUAUCUCAGUUUGGAAUGGAAACCGUUAUCUUACACACAGCACUGAUGCUAAAGAAAAGAAUUGUCGUCUAUCACCCCAAAAUAGAAGCUGUCCAGGAGUUCACCAGGACUCUGCCUGCCCUGGUGUGGCAUCGACAGGACUGGACCAUACUUCAUUCCUAUGUGCACCUCAGUGCCGAGGAGCUGGAAGCCCUGCGGAUGUGCCCAGGUUACAUCGCUGGGUUUGUGGACUUGGAGGUGAGCAACAGGUCAGACCUCUAUGACGUGUUUGUGAAUCUGGCAGAUCGUGAGAUUACCAUUGCCCCACUUGCGAAAGAGGCCAUGACAAUGGGCAAACUGCACAAAGAAAUUGGUCAGCUGAUUGUUCAAUCGGCAGAAGAUCCGGAGAAGUCAGACGGCCAAGUCAUACAGCGCUGGUGGCCCAUUGGCUCAGGCCAGGAAGAGUGGGGGGGGCUUGUCCUGAGAGCUGAGACUCUUCCUUUCCUACUGUGUGGAUCAUCACUGCCCAUCCAUCCCUCCAUCAACGCUCAAGAUAUUUCUCUAAAAACUAGAGAAAUCUUCACCCACCUGGAACCAUUUUCAGAAGUUUCUGGUGAUGGAGAAAAGCUAGUUCUCAAUUUUGAGGCACUAAAGCAAAGACGAUUUCCACCAGCAACAGAAAACUUCCUUUACCAUCUAGCAGCAGCUGAGCAAAUGCUGAAAAUCUGACUGUGUGACAGCAUAUCCCUGAUGAAUGAUAGAAAGUUCUCUCACCAUGGUUAUCCACUGUGUAAAAUACUGAAAAUAGCACAGAAAAUGUUCUAUUUUUAAUGAUUUAUGUGAAAGUGUUGAGAUUUGACCUGAAAAAGCCCUAAAACACAUAUGAAAACAUUUCCGAUGUCCUCCUGGUCAGAUUCAUGCCUGCGGUCAGGGUCAGACCAAGUGCUGUAACUACCACCUAUGACGUGAGCAACGACGUGGUGUCCCGGCGUAAGAGAAAAAAAGCUCUGCCAAGUUUUAGUGCAAAUCACAGCAAACCCGAAAGCCUUCAUUAUUAUCAGUUCCACUUGUCCCAUUGCGUAGCCACAAACGAAUGGCUUACUUUCAGAAAGCUGCCUGAAAUUUUGCUUUGUAUUCUUCUAGGAAGAACUUUUAUUCCUCAUGAGGAACUCUACUUUCUGAGCCAAACUACUAAGUUUUCUGCAGAACUGUCCAGAAGAUCAUUCAAAAAAGAUCCUGCAGUUGCACUUUCUUGUAAAAGAAAAGAAUUCUUUUUCUUGGCCUUUAAACAUUUUUGCCUAUAUUAUGAGGAUUUUGCAUAGAUUUUAUACUUGAGUAGACAACUUUAAUAAUCCAUAUUUAUAUUGUCACAGAAGUAAACACUUGGCAAACUUAAGCCAUUAGUACUCUUUAAUUAAUCCUGUUGCCAGCAAUAUUCUUUUGAAAAAGAUGCCAGUCCUUAUAUGAUAGAGCAAAAAGAAGCCCAUUUUGGAUAUAAAUGUCGGUAUGAAGAAAAUAGCAACUUUACAUAAUUACAAAGGCUAAGACCGGAGAGUGUCUUCAUACUUCAGUGAAAGUAAUUUGGCCACACUGGAAAGUAUUCUUGUUCAGCUUAUGUAUCUUUUUCAUAAUUGGAGGCCUAAAAGUUGCAAAAUAAGCAUAGAGGUCUAAAUUAUGUAUUUGUUAUUAUAUGUGUUCAUAUUAAUUAUGAAAAAUUAUUUUACACUCACUACUGUUGUCCUUAGAAAUCUUACCCAGAAAAACAGUUGCAAAAAAAUCUCGUCUUUAUUAGAUCUUUCAUUUAUUCUUUGUGUUAGACAUUUGUUAAGUAAAAAUAAAAAAUAGCCUUUUCCCCUCCCUCCUUGGGUGGGGGCAGGGAGGAUCUGGAAUGAGAUGAUGUUUACUAAGGCAAACAAUUGAAGAUUAAAUCUGCACUUUAUGAAAACGAA